AUGAAACGAUCGUUAACAAAUCGAUUGAUUGUUCAUGUCGCUUGUUGUGAUUUAAUUAUUUUAUUAUUAAAUCUUCCUGAUUUAAUUCAAUUUGUUUUAUCAAGAAAUGGAAAUUGGCUUUUGAGUGAAUUUUCAUGUAAAUUAAUUCGAUCAUUACUUGUUUUCGCUCAAUAUGCAUCUGUAUUAACAAUGUGCGCAAUUACAAUUGAAAGAUUUUUUGGAAUUGUUCAUCCAUUACGAUCGAAAUUUUUAGGAGAAAGAAAACAUUUAAGAUAUGUGACAUUUUUUGUUUGGAUCUUUUCAUUUAUUUGUGUAUCACCAAAUUUCAUCUAUUUACGUGUUAUUUCUCAUUCAUCAACACAUCGUUCAUGUUCACUUUUAUAUUCUCAAAAUGUCCCAGAUAAUCAACGAUAUUAUAUCAUUCAUAAAUCACUUGAAUCAAUGAUUUUUUAUUUUAUUCCACUUUUCUUACAAUUGUAUUGUUAUUGUCGAAUUGCAACAAAAUUAUUUUAUGUUGAUCAAACACUUCAAUCGUCUUUACCUUUAAAUCAAAUCUCGAAUUAUCAUCGAACAUUGGAAGAUUUCGAUAAUGAAAUUGAUCAAGAAGAAAAUUUGACAAGUAGAAUAACACGAACUGACAGUUAUGUUCAUUCAUCAAUAAAUGUGAAAUCAAAACAUUUAUCACCAAAAUUGUUUUCAUCAUUAAAUAAUUCUCAAUUCUCAAUCGAAAAGAAAUCGAAUGAAGAUAAAUUUUAUCAAAUUUAUUCAAAUACUUUGAAAUCUCGUCGAAAUAUUAUUAAAAUGUUAAUUGUCGUUAUUGUGAUUUAUUUUAUUUCAUUUAGUCCACAAGUUCUGGUUUUUCUUUUAUUUCAAACAAAUACAAUUCGUCCUGUUCCGCAAUUUAUUCAAACAUCGUAUUUUAUUGCGUUAACGAUGCUUUUAAUCACAAUCAGUUCGGCAUCAAAUCCAAUCGUUUAUGCGGUUUUUUGUUCCAAAUUUCGACAAAGAUUUCACAAUCUCCUUCGACAUUUUUGUUUUUGGAAAUAA